UGCAUCUUUCUAGAGAUUUGAUGAAUGAUGUGUUGUGGGCUGUUGAAAACAGCUGAUGUGCAGAAGCUCACAAUAGAUGAGUGGGACUGAACAGACUGGACGGUUCAUCUGGUUGGGGAGAAAGGGAGCAGAUUGGUUUGUUUCAGUCUCUGUUAGUCAGUUGUAUGAGCCACUUCGAUUGGGAGAUGGUUAAGACUUUCCACACAUUCACAUAAAAAACGAUCAUAAUGCAAGAAUCAGAGGAAUCCAAAGAUACGGAGAACAUUCCAGACCAAGUGGAUGGAGGAAGUAUGAGUGCAGGAAAGAAGGGUGCAGAUCUAAGAGAGAAGCAUCUAUCCUCCUCUAACUGGGACAGAAAAGGGACAUCUGUACCCAUAGUGCCAUCAAACGUACCAAUUCCAGGCCCCACAAAUGACGCCAUCCUUAUUUCCAUUGGGCCUCCACAACGUUGCCCCUCUGUCUCCAGUGAGUCCCAGUACAAGGGUUUCGAGAGAGAGGACGACUACGCCAACAGGCAUGGAUGGAGAAGGGAGAACGUGCAAUAUUACAUGCCAACUAGUGAGGGUGGCGCCCCCAAACAAACAAUGGAUGAACUGAAAAGUGUGUUGCGCGAGAGCUCCCUACUGAGUGCAAAAGGGCAAGAUGAAAGAAGGAGCUACCCUCCUGGUCAAAGAGUGGACUGUAAGCCAGACCAAGUGCCUUUUAAGAGUUUCAGCACGUUCAAGCCAAUUUCAGAAGCUAGGAGAGCAUCCAGACUAAGCUCUAAUUUGGAUUCAGGCGGGUCUUCAAGUACUGAUGGUCCUCCAGGCAGGUCCUCUGGUGUGAAAUCCCCCACUGUUGAGACAUCCCACUGGGGUGAAGCUGGCACAUCACAUUCAGACAAAGAAAGCUCACAGGCACACGCUUUUGCAUCUCAAAGCUUCAUUUCUGACGUUGAGAAAAUAAAACAGCAAAUUGCCCGGGAAAACAUCAGCUUUGUUCGCUUUGAGGCCACCGAUCUUCAUGGCGUAGCCCGAUCCAAGACCGUUCCGGCUCGAUUCUUUCACGAAAAAGCUGUAUAUGGCAUCCCUAUGCCGAGAAGCUACCUGGAGUUAACCCUAAGUCCCAAAGUCAAUGAAGUUGAUCAUCAGAGCACAGCCAACUUCAGCAGUGAUGUCCUCCUGGUCCCAGACCUCUCCACAUUCCAAAUCCUCCCCUGGGCGGACCAGACCGCUCGUCUUAUCUGUGACCCCUGCACAAUCACAGGAGUACCACUGCGAACAUCACCCCGCCUCAUAGCCAAGCAGAUGCUCGGCCAGCUCCAGAGCAUGGGAUUCUCUCUCCACUCAUCUUUCACGUAUGAGUGCUGUAUCUUCGGAGCCCCUGAACGAGUGGGACCCAAAGCUGUGUUCUUCCCUGCCACCACACUGUUGAGCAACUACGAUCUACCCUUCCUUCAGCAGUUAGUCAGGGGGAUGUACUACAUGGGAGUUGAUGUUGAGAGCUUCUCAUCUGCAAAUGGACCAGGACAGAUGGAGAUUUGCUUCAAAUCCAGGUUUGGAAUCGAUGCCGCCGACAGCGCUUUCACCUUCCGAACGGGAAUCAAAGAGAUGGCCAGGAAGUUUGACUAUAUCGCCACUUUUUUCACGGAUGAAAAUAUCCACAAUUCAGGAUUACUAUCCCAUAGCCUUUGGGAUACCAGUGGCAGAAGAAGCCUCUUCCACUCAGGCAACGGGGAACUUUCGGAGAUCGGCAGGAAGUGGCUCUCAGGUCUUCUCCAGCACUCAGCCGCUCUGAGCUGCCUCUUGGCUCCAGGGAUCAGCUGUCGAAACCAGCUUUCCAAUGGCAAGAAAGAUUCCAAGAACCAUCUUUACGCCACAUGCGGCUGCAACGACAACAGCUGUGCCUUUAACGUGAAGGUUCAUGGUGGACGGGAGAUGCACAUCGAUAACAAGCUGGGUUCGGCAAUGGCCAACCCUUACAUCGUGUUGGCGGCCACGAUAGCAGCAGGACUGGACGGUAUUAGGCGUAAUCUCAAUGCCGAACAGGUUCUAAGCAGAGCUCCAGUUCAGCAGAAAAAGUUCCCCAUCCCUGUUAAACUGGAUGAUGCUUUAGAGGCUCUGUCAGAGGACAGUGUGAUUCGUGGUGCAUUGGGAGAGCCUUUCGUGCAGUUUUUUAUUGCCAUGAAGCGUGUAGAGAUUGAGACCCAAGAGCAGGAUGCCGACAAGAACAAGGGACUUGAGUAUUUUAUUUAACUUUUGAAUUUGGUAAAUUUUGUGGAUUUCAAACAAACAAAAUACAUUUAAUCACCAUCUGAUAAUACCUUUCUUGAAAAUAAAAUCAUACAACUGACUGGUCUCUGCUGCACACUGUCUGACUGAUU